AUGUGGCGCACCCAACUUCGGGCAUUUGGAGUAGCCUUGCUGAUUAGCUUUACUCUCGGUUUGGAGGACAAUGGGAGAACACACUGGGCUGUGCUUGUGGCCGGUUCUAAUGGUUGGUCAAACUAUCGUCAUCAGGCUGAUGUAUGUCACGCUUAUCAUGUUUUGAGGAAAAAUGGAAUUCCACCCGAGAACAUCAUCACCAUGAUUUACGAUGACAUUGCCAACAACACUAACAACCCGUUCCCGGGUAAACUGUUCAACGAUUAUCAACACAAGGAUGUUUACGCAGGAGUGAAAAUUAAUUAUCGGGGAGAAAAUGUUACAGCAGACAUGUUCCUUCGUGUGUUAGAAGGCGAUCGGAAAUUGAAAGAAUCUGGACUCAAAGUACUUGAAUCUGGACCGGAGGACAACGUGUUUAUUUACUACAGUGAUCACGGGGCCCCCAACUUGUUAACUUUUCCAAAGGGACUGCUGUAUGCAAAACAAUUGAACAAAACGCUGGCCAAUAUGUACAGAGAAAAGCGGUUCAAAAAAAUGGUCAUCUACAUAGAGGCUUGCAACUCAGGGUCCAUGUUUCGGUGGAUUCUUCCCAAAAACAUCGAUAUUUGGGCUGUGACCGCUGCCAAUCCAACUGAAUCAAGCUGGGCCACAUUCUGUGAGGAUCCCGCGAUCACUACUUGUCUAUCCGAUGAAUUCUCUUACCAGUGGAUGAGUGACACGGAAAAGCAUCGGGGUCAAUUGUUCAAUCGAUCAAUGCUUGAUCAAUACCUCAGUGUUAUGCUGGCCGUGAAAAGGAGUCAUGUGAUGGAAUACGGUGAUAUAAAAGUAUCAUUCCUUCCAGUUGGAGAGUUCCAAGCCAAUAGUACACAUGUUGGUUCAAGUGGAUUUAAUGGAGACAGUUCAAUGGCGACUCGGGAUAGAUCAAUGGCCAGUCAUGCACACUUGAUUCCUUUGAUGCACCAACUGAGGAGAUCAAAAUCGCCGAAACAAAUGGAACUGGCACAACGACGCUUGCACCGCACUCUGAAGUUGGGUCAAAUGGUCAAAGAGACUGUGGAUGAGAUUGUGGAAGAGGUUACUUCCAAGAGCGCACCCUCAGGUAAACCAAGUGAUGUGCACGAGCAUCUGGAUUGCUAUCAAAACGUAUACGAUCAGUACAAAAUCAAGUGCUUCAGUAUUCAACAAGUGCCAGAAGUUGCAAAAGAACUGGCGAAACUCGACCGAUUAUGUGAACAAGGCUACGACACAAAUGUGAUUCUGCAAGCAAUAUUCAGCACUUGUGAUUGA